AUGGCGGUGUUUCCGGUGUGCAUGAUAUUGACGCUGUUGAAGUUGCAGCAAGAGUUAUCGACGGUGACAUUGUUGGAGUACUUUGUUUGCGGGUGCACGUUGUCAGUGGCUACGGCGUCGGUGUUGGAGACGGUGGCUCAAGUGCAGACGGCUCCGGUGUUGUCGUGUCAGGGUGCGAGUUGGCAGUGCAACGUAUUGUUUGCAGUGGCGUUGACGAUCUCAGUGUCGUUGGUGGAGGAGUUUGCCAAGUUCCUACCGGUAAUGUUUGUGCGGACGAGCGAAGAUCACCUACCGGCACGGCGAGGACGUUGGCUGUUUCGGGCACUGGAAAGCCCUCGCGCGAUUGUGCUCGCCGGCUGCGCCUCGGCCGGUGGCUUCGCAACAGUCGAGAACGUCAAGUACGUCUUCGGUGGCGAAGACGUCCAGGAAGACUUCGACACCUCGCUCGCCCGUGCCGUCCUCGCCAUUCCUUUCCACAUCGCCUGUACCGCCCUUGUCACUGCCGCCUGGGCCGACGAACUCUUCUACACCCCCACCGCACUCUGUUGCCCCACGCCCCCACGACCCGGAGCCUGGCAACUCAUCAGAAACAACUUGCAAAGACUAGUCAGCAAACCUCAGCCACCCGCCCUCCCUGCCAACCCCUGGCCCGUCUGGUCCAGCAUCGACUCACAGGCUCCUCUGGGCAGAUCCGACAUGGGCAGGUCAGACCUGGGGAACAGACCCGACCUGAGCAGGUCAGAUCUGGGCAGACCGAUGCUGGACGGCAGAUCCGACCUCGGUAGACCGGACCUCGGUAGACCGGACCUCGGUAGACCCGACCUCGGUAGACCGGACUUAGGGAGCAGAGGUGAGUACUGCCCGCUCGGAUGCGAUGCCGGAGAUUACCGCCGUGGCGACUACCUCAGGCUCGACUACAACACCUCCUCGCCCGCGGCUGGCCGGGUGGACUGUGCCACCAGUCCUCUCCUGGACCAGGGAGCAGGCCUCCGGAAACAGCGCGGACUCCGUGAACUGGUCCUCAGGCUGUUUUGGCUACCCGUCGUCUGCCACUCUUCCUACGACCUGGCCAUCUUCUUCGCCGCCCAGAUCAUGCACCGCAUGAGUGACCAGGAGGGCGACGGCGGCAUCCAGGGUUUCCUGCUGCUCCUCUGCACCGCGAUCUUCGCCGCUGCCUACCUCGUCGCCGUCGGCACCUUCCUGAUUCGCUGGAACAGCCUCGGCUCUUCUCAGGCCACCUCCUUGCCACGACUACACAGGUACCUUGAUAACUCUUUGUUAUAA